CACGCCCAGCCGAGGCUGUAAAACCUCUCCUUCUCCUGCCCUCCGGGCAAGCCCAGCUCUCCUAACGGAUAAAAGGAGGCGGCAGACGGAGAACUCGCUCCUUCUCCGGGUCUCCGGCGCAGCUGUCUCAGGCUUUGUAAGGAGAGCGUCCUUGGAGCAGCCAUGUCCCGCUCCGUGAGCUUCAGCUCCCGCUCAGCGGCCGUCCCGGGGAUCAGCCAAGUGCGGGUCAGCACCGUGUCCUCGAGCCGCGGGGGAGCGGGUGCCGGCUUCGGCAGGCCGGGCUCCAGCCUCUACAACCUGGGCUCUGCCAGCAAGCGCAUCUCCCUGGGAGGAGGUGGCAGCUCCUACAGCGUCCGCUCGGGAUACGGCUACGGCGGCGGGCUCGGCAUGGGCAUCGGCUCCGGGGGCAUUCAGGAGGUCUCCAUCAACCAGAGCCUCCUGGCGCCCCUCAACCUGGAGAUCGACCCCAACAUCCAGCGGGUGCGCAAGGAGGAGAAGGAGCAGAUCAAGACCCUCAACAACAAGUUCGCCUCCUUCAUCGACAAGGUCCGGUUCUUGGAGCAGCAAAAUAAAAUGCUGGAGACCAAGUGGAGCCUCCUCCAGGACCAGAAGACCGCCCGGAGUAACAUUGCUCCCAUGUUUGAGGCGUACAUCAACAACCUGCGGCGUCAGCUGGACGGGCUGUUGAAUGACAAAGGGCGUCUGGAGGGCGAACUGAAGAACAUGCAGGAUCUUGUGGAGGAUUUCAAGAGCAAAUAUGAAGAUGAGAUCAACAAGCGCACAACAGCAGAGAACGAGUUUGUCGUGCUCAAGAAGGAUGUGGACGCUGCCUACAUGAACAAAGUGGAGCUGGAGGCCAAGGUGGAUGCGCUGACAGAUGAGAUUAACUUCCUGAGGGGUCUCUACGAAGCGGAAAUUCGUGAGCUGCAGGCCCAGAUCUCGGACACCUCUGUGGUCCUGUCCAUGGACAACAGCCGCAACCUGGACCUGGACAGCAUCAUUGCGGAGGUUAAAGCGCAGUACGAGGAGAUUGCAAACAGGAGCCGAGCAGAGGCCGAGUCCUGGUACCAGAGCAAGUACGAGGCGCUGCAGGUCACCGCUGGCAAGCACGGGGACGACCUGCGCAACACCAAGAACGAGAUCUCGGAGAUAAACCGCAUGAUCCAGCGGCUGCAGGGGGAGAUCGAGAACGCCAAAGCCCAGCGUGCCAAGCUGGAGGCUUCCAUCACCGAGGCUGAGGAGCGUGGCAAGAUGGCCGUCGAGGACGCCAAGGCCAAGCUGGAGGAGCUGGAGGCGGCGCUGCAGAAGGCCAAGGCCGACAUGGCCCGGCAGCUCCGCGAGUACCAGGAGCUCAUGAACGUCAAGCUGGCCCUGGACAUCGAGAUCGCGACCUACAGGAAGCUGCUGGAGGGGGAGGAGAGCAGGCUGGCGGGCGAUGGAGUUGGCAACGUCAACAUCUCUGUGGUCAGCUCCAGUGGCGGAGGUGGCUAUUCCAGCUCCAGUGGAUUGCUUGGAGGAGGCCUUAGCCUGGGAGCCGGCAUGGGCAGCGGGGCCCUGGGCUUCUCCUCUGGAGGUGGCUCCAAGUCCUACACCGUGACCACGACCUCGUCCACCCGGAGAAGCAUCAGGAAGUAAACUCCGAAGCCAUCAGUACCCAAACACAUGGGGGGGGAGGGAGACCAUAGAAAGAAAAGUUGUGGUGCCUUUUAUAGAACAAAUUGGCUGCAAAAUUUCUGCAGUGAUGAAUGAAUUGGAGUAAGACAUACCAGGAGACCUGGCCCUGCCACAUCAUGCUCAAGGCUUGAU